AUGUCUAUGUCUAACAGUCCCCCCGGCAAUGGCGCCAGUCGCCCUACAUGGCAAGACCAGCUGUCCGGUAAGCCAUUGGCACAAGUUUCCGGGCACAGAAGCCAAGAGGAAGGGGAAGAGAGAGGGCUGACCUGUGAAGAACACUGCAGGCGCACUAAAUUAGCCCCCCCUGUCUUCAACAUUGUCUCCGAUCGGCGAGGAGGUCGUACUGCCUGGUCAAGCACCGUGACCGUCCAAGGCCAGAAUAUCGCCGCCCGUUACUGGUACGAUGGCCAGUAUAUCAAUAAUGCCAAAGAAGAUGCCGCCGAGGUCGCUCUGAAAAUCCUCAACCAACAACCGCGUGCCUCCACCGUCUAUGUUGGCCAGAUGUAUCCUCAAUCAUCCUCACCUGGCUAUAGCCGGGGGACCGGGCUCUGA